AUGAAAAUACAGCUGGAAAGCGUGGAAGAGUUUGAAAACAUUUUCAAGGAAAUACUCAGCACAGAAGAGAACGCGAAGAACACACAAGAUGAGCUUGAUGUGCUGAUGCAUAUAAAGAAUCUGUUCUUGAAGAAUGUAGAAAUAGGAGGAGAAGAGCUGAACAUCGGGCAAGUCACACAGGAGAAAGUGGAGAGGAAAAAAGAGCAUGCCAAGAUAGUGGCAAUGGUUGAGGAGGCAGAGAGAAACAAAAUGGACUCACUAAAAACACUUUGUAAACUAAGAAGAGAGCUUCCUCUCGCCCUAAAGGAAGAGAUAGAAAGCGAAUACCAAACACUAAAAAAACAACUUCAGCAAGCAUCCUCAGUCCUUCCCUUUUCUCCCCCCAGCCCAGCACCAGAUGAAGAUAUAUCCAGAAUAAAACAUACAGUUGAAGAGCUGUCAGAAAGAUGGCCUGUUGUAAUAUCUCAAAUAAAAGAGCAGAUGGCCUGUGUAGAGAAAGAGGUAAAAGAAAGAAUAGACCAAAAGGGGCGAGAUAUUGAGACAGAGGCACUUUCUUUGCUCUUCAAAGACGAGCUAGAGCUGCCUGACAAUUAA